AUGAGUACAUCUAACUUGACCACAACAACCUCCUCAACAUUAGUUGAUCCCAACACUCAUAAAAUUGUUCGCACUGCUCAUUGUCGUUGCGGAAAACUCUCCUUCUCUGUCGAAGGUAAUAAUCGAGUGUUUGGUCAUUACUGUCAUUGUCGUAAUUGUCGAAAAGGAACCUUUGCUCCUUUCACUUUAUUAAUUGCAGUUCCGUUUUAUCAAUUUAAAUGGACUACUAGCAUCAAGUCGGAAGAAUUAAGACAGAAGAAUUCCAAUUCGUUCGAAUCAUUCACCAACUGUCCACAACAUGAGGCAGAAAAUGAUAUCCCACAAGAUUGUCGAGAUUUACCAUCUAUAGUAAAAACUGUGGAAUUGUCUCCUGGAAUUAUUGGAUUUUAUUGUUCCGAAUGUGGAGCCAUGAUUGCCCAAAAGCCAACGAAUGCAGAUUUCAUUUCCACAUUGGCUUGUUGUUACGACGAAAUGCAACAAGCUUUUUGUCCGCUGACAGAUGUCAUUGAGAAAGAACAAUUGAAUCAUGCUUGUUUUUUCACACCAGAAAAUCAUGUGAAUUAUGAAAAUAGAGUGUGUGACGUGAAAGAUGACUUGCCAAAAUUUAUGGACUUUCCACAGCCAAGAGGAAGUGGAAGAAUGUAUGAACCGGUUGGGAAAUGA